CCAACCAUCAUACGGCUACAGACACUGCCAGCCAUGUCCUGCCUCUAAACAUAUGCUGUUGAUGUUUUUUUUAGCAUUUGUAUCCACCCAAAAUUCUAUUUUUGCUCCUUUUUCUAUCCGACAUCCUUUUUAUAAAGGUGUAAAACGUUGUGUGUGCAUCCUGGCCAUGUGUCUGAGUGCGCUGGGGGAGAGGAUGUCAGAUGCUCGGCUGCUGCUGCUGUUGCUCAUGAUAAUGCUCUCAGUCUCCGGUUGUUUAAGCAUGGAUGUUAUUAUGCCCAGUAAAAUAGAUGCAAAGAAUGGAUCAGAUAUCAAAAUCCCUUGCACUUUCACUUCCUGCUAUAAGAUAGAUACAAAGCAGUUUAUCAUGAACUGGACCUACCAUGAGUCAAUCAACGAUACAGAACAAAGGUUUUUGGAAUAUAACAGGAAAAAAGGAAUGGUGACCUUGCUCCCAGAACGGUUUGGAGACAGGGUGGUGUUUGCAGGAAACCUGGAAAAGAAUGAUUUGUCAAUCAUCCUAUCAGAUGUUCAAGAAGAAGAUGAGGGAAUUUACAACUGUUAUGUGAUAAAUCCUCCAGAUCGCAUACAUGGUCGUGGGUCCAUAAAGCUCAACGUUUUAACUAAACUUCCCCCACCGAGAGACUCAACGAUUGCGGUUGCGAUCGGUGCAUCAGUGGGUGGAGCGCUUGCUCUCCUUAUCCUUUCCAUGGUGGUUGUGAAAUUUCUUCGUCAUCAUCUGAAACAGGACCUGACCUCAGAGGAAAAGAUGGAGGAGGAGGGGAAAUUAGAGCCUGAAGUUGCCACAGAAGAAGGACCAAAACAACAGUAAAUGGCCUUCAGCGCUGUCUACAGCACCACCAAUGGUAAACAAAACAACUAAUCGUUUUAGUAAAGGUGAACACAUUCACACAUUUGUUUCAUGAAUGACGUUUUAAAAUUUGUGUUCAACCCACUAUUAUAGCUUUGAUUUUUUUUUUUUUGUAGAAUCUACAGUACAUCAAGGUUAACAUUCUUUUAAUUGUUAUGUAAUCAUGUCCACUGUUUUGUAUGGACAUUAAUCACAAUAUUGCUCAUGCCCAAAUUACUCCCAAAUACACAAACAGUGAGAGAAAAUGUAAUAUUCAUAGAUAUUAUGUAUGUAUUGAAAACAUUUUUAAAGGUGUGCAUUAUUAUUACCUUACAGAGUACAAAUACUACUAAGUACACCUUUUUCAUGAGCCCAAGACAAUACAAUGUUUUUUCGGGAUUUUGCAUUUGCCUAUGUAUUAUGCGACCUUCCCCAAUUUGUCUGAAUUAUGUGUAAGGAAUUACGGUAAUUAUCAACAAUGCUUUAAGUAGGAAAUAGAUAACUAUUAAUAUACAGAACUUUAUUUCUAUAACUGUCUGUAAAUGUUUACAUUAUCAAAGGAUGACUUCCACAAAGCUCUAAGACAUAAUAAAAUAAAAUAGAUAAGAUACACUACUGAUGAACCCCAAUAUACAAGUCUAUGUUCAAGGAUACAUUUUCUUGUUCUGAUUUUUCUUUUUUUAGAGAUUAACAGGGGGACUCCUAAAUAUAACAGAAUUAGUUCAAUUACAUCAUUGGUCAACUUCAUAUUUGUAUUCAUCUCAACUUAAUUAGAGGAUGGGUUUAACUGUAUCUUUAAAUCCUUGUUUUGUGUCCCAAAAAACUUUGUUUUGUUUCAGAGGAUACAAUAUGCGUCUCCUAUAUGUCCAAUCGAUCCACUGACUAAAUCAAUAACCCCCAAGUGAAUCAGUUCCUUCUACAUAUUUGUGUUUCAGUAGACAUGAGAGUUUUUGCAAAAGAGAAAGAAAGAUGUGUUUGUCUCUUUUAAGACAUACUGUAAAAAUGUUUAGCUAUCCAUUGCAAGUCAAAAUUACCAAUCACAAGGAGCAAAAUUGUCAUCAAACAUGUAUGACGGAUUAUGGCUUAAUGGCAUCAUUGUACCUAGCAGAAAUCAACAAAAGAACAAUUAACUCCAGAAAGACAAGAAAAUCAAUUUCCAACAAUGUACAGACAAAAGUAUUGAGAGAACCAGACUUCUACACUAGCAAUGAAAGAAAUUAUGGAUUUGGACGCUUCUUUGUUAUGGAAACUAUAACUUUCUACAAGUUUCAAUUGAUUGAUGUUGGACAAUAUCCAGUUCUGUUCAGUCUUGAGUUCCAGUUCUUCUCAAAGGUUUAUGAUGAGGUGGUAUCAGGGAUGUGAAUCAAUCAGUAUUUUAUUAAACUUCUUUUGUAAACUGGACCAGAUGAACAUAUCUAAUUCAGGCGUAAAUGGGUCUUUUAGGCCAAAACCUGAUUUCCUGAUUAAUUGAUUAAAGAUUUUGAGAAGAAAAAGUUUUAGGCCAAAACCUGAUUUCCUGAUUAAUUGAUUAAAGAUUUGAAGAAGAAAAAAGUUGAUUUUCUCUUUUCAGGAGAUGGCGACACAAUUUAGGAACAAAACGAAAGCAACAAUCUCUUAGACGAAAUACAUUUAUUAAGAAAAGAACAAUCAAAAGCUGACCAGCCAGGAGUGAAACCCCUAAAGUGCCCCAAGUGACUUCGAAAAGAUUCCGUCUCAACCUUCCAACGCAUACACUAUUUGUUAUUCCAACGGCAAAUAGGCAGACCCCCAUUUUAACCCAUGUAGUGGCUCACAAUAAAGUGGAAUUUUACUAGCAGUUGCUCUACAGUAUGUUCUCUGCUUUGACCUUGCUUCAGAGAACAAGCAGAAAGCUGCACUCAUAAUUAAAUAUCUCUUUAAAAAAGUCAGAAAGAAGACAAGCAGUAUACUGUAGAAUAUAUUAAGUAAAAUUAACAAAUAUAUGGGAAUAACUAUCUCUACAGGUUAUUUCCCAAAUGUAGUGUAUAUGAAUACAGUGUACAGGAUAGUUAGUAUUGCUGACCAUAUUAUUCUAAUUAUAAUGAAUAGAAAAUGAAAUGCGGGCAAUAUGCAAAUUAAAGCACCAAACCAAAAACAAUUUUACUGCCUCAAGUUCAUUAUGCGUAAUAAAAUAAAAGACAUCAAUAAUGACUAUUGAAAUGUAUAUGCCAAGAAGCUUAUCAUAACUGUGUUGAUGUUUUAGUUAAACGUAUCAACGUAGAGUUGAGUAGAAUGGGUACAGUGUUGCCUUGAAUGUUUCCCAGAUGUCUAGUGGGCGUCAUCUUAUACAUGCACAAUAUGAGUGUGUACCGUAGCUUUUUUCUCUCUGUGUGUAAUAAAGACGAAACUCGCCAUUGACGUUGCAAAAUUAUGUGUCAUGUUUCUUACAAUAUCCACAGCAGAAGAUUUGGAUUUGUUCUGUUUUCUUAUUUCUCCAGGCACAAUCACUUUGUCUUUGAGUCACAACUAUUUUUAGUUUAAAAAGAAUUUGUUCACAAAAGGCCUGUUUGUGAUGAAUGCACGAAAUGUUGUUAUAGUGGCUCUGGUGCACGUUGUCUAAUUUCACCUUUAUAUUAUGUUUUAAUGUACUCUAACCCUGUGCUUGUAAUACUGUCGGAUCCUUCUAUAAUUUAGGAAAUAAAUACUGAAUGCACAUGUUUAGCCAGUGCUAUUGUGUAAAUCUUCAUAUCAAGGUAAAGAGCUCAAAAACAUCAUUGAUUGUAUUGUAUCAUCACAUUACUUAAGCAAGUGCCAGUCUUUGUUUAUUGUUUUUUUUUUUUAGUUAUGCAUCAUAAUCACUUCACGAUGUAAAUGCAUGUACAGUGAAAUUCACAGCCCUGAAAGCAUGCUAAUUAACACAUUUCGUCAGAACAAACAACGUGAGUUCAUAAGAGCAUGCUUGUGUAGCAUUUAGCACAUUAUUUGUAUGGCACCUUUUUAUUGUGCGCAAAGGAACUUGGUCAAUUUGCCGCUUAGAUGUUUUGUAUUGUUUACUGAAAGUGUGUUAUAAAAGUAUAAUCUUAAAUUAAGUCCAGCGGUAAAAUCUGAUUCUUUCCUGUCUCAAAGAUCAGGUCACUGUUUUGCACAUUGUCAUAUACAUAUUUAACAUUAUACAUGAGCAUGUGAAAAAAUAUAUCAAGGUAAAAGGGGUAUAUAAAGAUGUAUUGAAUGUUUUACUCUAAGGUAUACAAUUUGUUAUCAUCACAUGGCAAGGUGAUUGUUUGGCUAAGAAGGUUCACUUUUUCCUUAAUUUUGGCACCGUGAAUAUUACAACUGUAUUAUCUUAAUAAAAGAUAAAAUCUC